CUUUUCUUUAUAUAUACACAAGAAGCCUAAAAUUUAACACCAAAAAACCCCAUAUACACACACAAAAUGAGUAUUACUUAUGAAUCACCCAAUCAAUAUAUGAGCGAUAAUACGAGCUUAUUCUCUACCAGUGAUAAUGAAGCAACACCUUCAUUUGCUUCCUCCGCAACAGCGUCAACCGUACAGCCUUCUAUCCCCAUGCACCAAGAGUUUAUGAACGUUAUUCAAUCCCGCCAACUUCAAGGCUUUAACAAGAAUGCAACUUUCUAUCGCCAUCAGAACAUUGAAGAUCUUAAACCGAUCGAUAGCAGCACGAUGCAUACAUUAAUGUUGAACAAGCAGUUAUUGAUCAUUGAUGUACGAGCUUACAGUUACUUUGCAAAGACCCGUAUUCGUUCAGCCAUUAAUGUGUCUAUCCCAUCUGUGCUACUGAAACGUCCCACGUAUUCAUUGGAGAAAGUGUGCGAAUCCAUUACCUAUGAUGAAAAGGCCGCUGAUCGUCUGAGACUGUGGUCUCAGGCUACACACAUUGUCUUUUAUGAUCAUUCGUCCUAUUCGCCCAGCGACUCUGGAAAUUCAACCACAGCCAUCUUGCUUGGAUCAAAAUUACGAUCCGCCGGUUACAAGGGCCAAUUAAACUAUCUGCAAGGCGGACUUAAAGUCUUUUAUGAGUUGCAUGUAAAUCAAUGUGAAAUAGGUCCAUUUAAUCAGCAGCCUCUAGUCUUUAAUCGCUCCAAACGUCCUACCAACAUUCAAUUGCCUUUACCCACCAGUCAGGUCACGAGUGGUGUCAAUCCCUUUUUCACCAACAUUCGACAAAAUUUAGAAUUAUCGCAUGGUCCACUUAAAGAACGAUUUGAUGUACGAUUACCUUGGGGGCUUCUCAAUAAGGACGGUGCCAUUUAUUCCAACUCUCCCUUGUCUCUUUCCAGCCAUCAUCCUCGUUUUGGAUUGGCAGGCAGUUCUGUGGAUGUCAAAGGCAAUCUUCAAUUGCCCAACUGGAUACGCGACAUCAUGGACACAGAAAAUGGACCAAAGAAGCUAGCAGAGAUGUACGAGCUUUUAGAACGUACAGAGCAAAAACGUUUAUCAACAAUUAUGAAGCAUCAUUCCAAACAAUCGGGUGAUGAUCAUUUCCCCUUUAGUAUUGCUUCUAGCAUGGAAAAAGGUGCUCUCAACAGAUACAAUAAUAUCUGGCCCUAUGACUAUUCUAGAGUGCGAUUAAAUCAGACAAAUGAUGAUUACAUCAAUGCUAAUUAUAUCCAAUACGCCACAAUCAAGAAAGACAUCACGAUUGAUCCUAUCAGUCAGUCCGACCAUGAAAUCAGACUUGCACAAGAAGGUCUACUUACUCAGGCUUCGUUACGAACCAUGGACAGAGUGAAUGUUGGCUUGGAUUGCAACCGCAAAUACAUUUCCACACAAGGUCCUUUGCCCACUACCUUUAACGAUUUCUGGAAGAUGGUCUGGGAUGAAAACUCUCAGGUCAUUGUCAUGCUGACGCAAGAGAUGGAAAUGAACAAGAUCAAGUGUCACCAGUAUUGGCCAUCGACUAUGCAUGUACCUAAAACGUACGGUGUGUAUACGGUUACCUUAUUAUCUGAAUCGACGAAAUACAUUCUCAACAUGAACGAUAAACGAGAACGCAACGAAGACGACCUGAUAAUGAUCCGCAAGUUCAGUCUGAAACAUGAAGGACAGGAUGAACGCAUGAUUACCCAAUUACAAUACACUGGCUGGACAGAUUUCGGUGUACCUGACCAACCCAUUGGCAUUCUGGAGCUCGUUCAUCAAGCCGAUGCAGCUUCCCGAGAAGACAUGGGUCCCAUGAUUGUACAUUGUUCUGCCGGUUGUGGUCGAUCCGGUACCUUUUGUGUGAUCGAUACCAUCAUCCAACGUUUAUGGCAUGAACGCGAUGUUUAUACCUGUUCAUCUACCGAUAAAAUCAAUCAGACCGUGAGCCGCUUCCGUGAACAACGCAUGAGUAUGGUGCAAACACAUCGUCAGUAUGUCUUUUGUUAUGAAGUCGUCUUGUGGUGGUUGUUGGGUUAUGGUAAUUUACCCGUUUCACAGCCCACAAGUCCAUCUAUCUCAAUCGAAAGUGUAAGUAAGAACUCGGUAGAGUCUCAAGAAAGGUCUUCUUCUAUUGGAAGUAUGGUAGAUGACUUCAAAGAAUUGUAAAUAAUAUAAUUAGUAAUAAAUAAAAUAAUUUUUUUUUUACAGUGCG